GCACAAACAUGCUUCUCAAGACUAGAUUAGUUUUAUUACUUUUAGUCUUGCCCGUUGGGCUCCUGGCAGAAUCUUUGGCUGAACGGAUAGAGCAAGACAUUGAGGCAGCUGAGGCUGCUGAACAAUCCGCGGGCGGGAGUACAGCUGACGCAAUCGCCAACAACGAUGGAUCAGGCAACGCAAGCGCUAAUUCUUUAGCGAACAACACGGGACCAGGAUCAAGUAGUGCUAAUUCGGAAGCUACUAAUCAAGGAACUGGCAGUUCGAGUGCCAAUUCUGAGUCAAACAAUGAGGGCUCUGGCGGUUCCAAUGCUGCUUCUGCAGCCUCCAACAAAGGAGCUGGAAAUGCAAGUGCAAGUGGAGAGGCCAACAACUCUGGCUCAGGACAGAGUAAUUCAGAAUCAGAGGCUAACAAUCAAGGAACUGGAUCCAGUAACGCAAGCGGAGAGGCCGCUAAUGCUGGUUCCGGACGAAGUACCGCCGUAACGUCAGCUAAAAACAGCGGAACAGGAUCGAGCAAAGCAGCUUCAAUUUCAUCAAAUUCCGGAAAAGGAUCUAGCAGUGCUGGUGCUGAAUCCAGCAACAAAGGAUCUGGAAAGAGUAGCGCGAAUGGCGCAGCCAGUAAUCAAGGGUCUGGAAAUGCUAACUCGAACUCUGCAGCUAAUAACCAAGGAACUGGAUCGAGUUCUGCUAAUUCUGACGCUAAUAAUAACAAUAACUCCAACUUGAACAUCAACUCUAUCGCUCAAGCAAACAAUCGAGGUUCCGGAAGGUCCAGUGCAAAUACUGCAGCACAAACAAAAGGAUCAGAAAAACGCGGCUCAUCUGGAAGUGCAGCCGGUGACUCAUCCAGUAGUAGACUAAGUGGCUCAGCGGGCAGUGCUGCCGGUGGCUCAUCCAGCAGCGGACCAAGUGGUUCAUCAGGCAGUGCAGCCGGCGGUUCAUCUAGCAGUGGACCAAGUGGUUCGUCAGGUAGUGGAUCAAGCGGACCAUCCAGUAGUGGAUCAAGCGGACCAUCGAGUAGCUCAUCAGGAAGUUCAGCUAGCGGCUCUUCCAGUAGUGGACCAAGUAGUUCCCCACAAUGUGUUCCUAUCACUUACCGCAGAACUCCCAUAUCAAGGCGAUUAAAAAGUCGUUACAUACCCCUGAAUAUAGAAGUAGAAGGUGAAGAAGCUGAGAGACCGCGCUACGUGUACGUCGACCUUGGUCCCAGCCCUAUCAACCUACGAAGAUCUCAACCCAGAUUAUGCCGCUGCAGAGAUUAAAAACAGCUCAUG